AUCACGCUCCUUGACAGAUCCCAACACUCCACAGCACCGUCAUCGACGUCCUCACUUUCGCAUCGCUUCUCGUCAAGAGCACGCCGGCUCCAGCGACACUGCCAUAGACGCCACACAACAGAGGCGCGCACCCUCCAACACACGAACGGGAAUUCCAGCUGUCCACGUCCAGACAGCACGACAAGCCCAAUCGAGCUGCGCAUCUUCGGUCGACAGUUAGAUCACACACUCGGCGCCGCGCCUUGAUCCCAUCAUACAGCACUGCCGCGAAACUCUUUGCGCCGUACGCGUACCUGCGCCGAGAGACGCCUGUCACGAGCAAUAGUCCGGACAACCCCGCCGCGCGGGCCGAACUCACGCUCCGCCGCUUAGCCUUAACAAUGGCGAUGACGAACAUGCAGGACCGCACGGCAGAGUUCCGCUCUGUCGUGAAACAAGCUCAGAAGCGCCAGGCUUCUGCCAAAGUCGGCUCGCGCCGAAACCUUCUGACCGACUCGCAGAAGGCUGCAGCAGAUGGCGCGCAGGGUCCCCAGAGGAGGUCUGAGUUCGCGCGCAGGGCCGCUGAGAUUGGUAGAGGUAUCGCGGGAACUAUGGGCAAGCUAGAGAAGCUGGCGCUGCUCUGCAGGAAGAAGACGUUGUUCGAUGACAAGCCGAUUGAGAUUAAUGAGUUGACUUUUAUUAUCAAGCAAGAUCUCUCUUCGCUGAACCAGCAGAUCUCUGGUCUGCAGCAACUUACGCGCCAGCAGCAUCCCAAGGGAGAGGAAGGCGAGCACAACAAGAAUGUAGUUCUUAUGCUUCAAGGAAAGCUCAGCGAUGUCGGUGCCAAUUUCAAGGACGUUCUCGAGGUCCGGACGAAGAACAUCCAAGCCUCGAGGUCGCGAACCGAGAACUUCAUCUCUUCCGUUUCGCAGCACGUCCAGCCACCGAUGCACCAGAACGCAUCUCCGCUCUACGGCACACCCGCGAGAGGCACGCCUUCUCCUGGGCAGGACCUAUUGUCUCUGAAUCCGGUGGCCGACCAGCAGGUUCUUAUGAUGGAGGAGGCGCAACCGCAAAAUGCAUACAUCCAGCAAAGAGGCGAGGCGAUCGAAGCGAUAGAACGCACGAUUGGCGAGCUAGGAUCUAUCUUUGGUCAACUGGCUCAAAUGGUUUCAGAGCAAAGCGAGAUGAUAGAACGUAUCGACGCGAACACGGAUGACGUUGUCGAUAACGUCUCCGGGGCACAAAGGGAACUGCUCAAAUACUGGUCCCGUGUCUCGAGCAACAGGUGGCUUCUUGCCAAAAUGUUUGGAGUUCUGAUGAUCUUCUUCCUUCUUUGGGUUCUCAUCGCUGGUUAGAUGGUGCUCACUUCUUGGGACACGGGCUCCCCAUAUCAUAAUACCCCACCUUGUAUAUUGCCUACUGCGUGGUCUUUUAUUCUGUUCAUUUUGCGAGUUCGCCGUCUCCGGUCGAGUGGCAUUUGCAUCUUAGAGAUCUCCUUUGUAAUGGUGUCCAUCAACUAUGGCAGACCUGGUUGUCGAGCACAUAGCAUUAAUAGAUGUUUACGAGUCACCGACAGC